AUGCAGGUUUCAGACCCUUUGUUAAAGUUAAAAAAUGGAAACCUGUCCCGUGAGUUUUGGAUGAGAGAUGAGCGGACUACAAAGUGCUCUUUGUGUGAGGCAGAGUUUAGUUUCUUUCGUCGAAAGCACCAUUGCCGUAUCUGUGGAAAGAUUUUUUGCUCAAAUUGCCUCACCAAGGUCUCAGGAGAAAUAUACGAUUUCUCUAAAGAAAUCAAAGUUUGCUUGCCAUGCGCUUCCGUUUCAAAAACAAAUCUUUCUUCUUUAUAUAGACAUGAAGAGAGAACAACCCCUAACAUUGGCGUGAACUUUCCAUUACUUUUAGAAGAAAAUUCAAAUGACCAUGUUCUUUCUUCUUUUGCGGAGUACAGUAAUCCUUAUGAAAUGCCCGUUGAUGUACGACCUCCUGAUAUAACCCCUAUGAUUGCUAUUCCAUCGAGCCGGUCAAGCUAUAAAUCACCAGGAUGGGGCCACCGCUCUAUCUUUGUUGAGUGGAAAAAACAAAACUUGAGUCCACAGCAAAUCAGCAAAUCUACAUCUCAAUAUUCUCCUCUCAAUCCUGGUGUUUCACGCGAUAUCGGUUCUUCCGUUGUAUCCAUGGAGCGGUUACCUUCAAACCCUGGUCAUAUGAGCCCUUUGCUUAACAAAACAAAAAAAAUAAAGAACUCGCCUACAGUGAGGUUCUCCACUCCUUUUAUGAAUGGUGAACGAUCUUCUUUGAAACUUCCUUCGAAUGGUAACCGACCUCCUGGGAUACAGGUUCCAAAUUUUUCUUCAGGUUUAAAAAACGAGUGCUUCGAUACAGGCCAUGAAGAAGAAUUAUAUGUUCAUACUCCGCAAACCGAUACCGAUAUUAAUUCUCCACAAUUGGAACUUAAUUCUGAUUUUGAAGACUCUGAUGAUGAAUCCUUAUUUAAUAAUUCAACGAUUUUGCCGUUUCAUACUAACUAUAAUUCCUCUACUAGGCUACAAUAUCCUCUAGCUGAUCCCACUAAUGUAAACACUUAUACACCUGCAAAUAAUCUUGGCUAUCACGCAAAUCCUCUAGUUUCUUUUCUGAAAUUUAUUCUUCCAUCAUCCCUAUUGCAGCCCGUCCCUCCUUCGCCUACCCAGCAUGCUGCUCAGUUGCUUAGCUCUCAGACAGAUAAUGCUGUUUCAUCAGGAGAAGUAUCUCCCCGUUUUCGAGCUCGUUCAAGAAGCUCUUCGCAUUCGCCUUCCGUUCCCGCCCCUUGGAUAUUUUUUUCGGAUUCUUUCAAUGAUCUGGUGGUGGAAUUUUUAAAAAGGUUACUUCUGCAAAUGUUAUUAGAUGCUAACGUCGAUACCCCCUUGAAAUGGGUAUAUUGUUUACCACAGAUUUUAUUAAAGACUUCACUGAAUAUGAGUCCAGAUAUUUCUGCUGGUGAUGAUAUCGAUGUACGGAGUUAUGUGAAAAUUAAAAAGAUUCCUGGUGGACAACCAAAUCAGACCUUUUAUAUUCCUGGAAUUUUGUUCACAAAAAAAGCUUCAUCAAAGUCAAUGGAUCGGACUGUGCAAAAACCUCGUAUUGCUCUUUUGUCUUUUAGUUUAGACUAUGAUUGUAAUGAACAAAGAAUCCUUUCUUUAGAUUCUUUGAUGAGUCAGCAAGAGGAAUAUGUUUACAACCUAGUAAGUAGGAUAUGUACGUUGAAGCCAACGCUUGUUUUUAUCAAGGAUGAUAUUCCGACGAUUGCCCUAAAGUAUUUUGAAGAACAAGGCGUUGUUGCGAUUUGUGGAAUAAAAGAAACGGUUAUGUACGAUAUAGCUAGGUGCUGCCAUGCAGAUAUCAUAUCGUCCAUCGACAAGCUUUCUCUUCGUCCUCGUUUAGGGACUUGCGGACAAUUUCAACUCUGUAGCUAUGUCAUCGAUGAAAAUUUGGGAAUAAGGAAGACUUUUGCUAUCCUGGAUCAUUGCUCAGAGCGUUUGGGAUGUACCGUAGUUUUGAGAGGGGCCUCUUAUGAAGAAUUGACAAAAGUAAAACGAAUUGUCGAAAUUUCAAUGCUCGCUACAUACCACCUUAAAUUGGAAUCAUGUAUGCUAAGGGACAAGUUUGUGAACACAACUGAGCUUUUCACUUCUGCUUACAAUAUGAUGACUCCGUUAGAGGAAUUCAUGGAUAAAUUAGGAGCAUGCAAUUCUGAGCCUUCUCACGGCAAGUUGUUAGAAAACCGAGGAGUAACAAAAUAUUCUCUUCAUAACUGUCUAGACUCUGAUACGACAAUUGCUAGUACCGAUCUCUCUUUCAGUCAUGAUAUCGAUGCUCACUCGGAUAUUGAGAUGAACUUUCCUGCAGUUGAUGAUUAUGCUUGCAUUAAAAGCGCUUUAUUGGAACGAAUUACGACAUUUUCUCCUUUUAUAAAGAGACCGCUACCUCGGCUAUUGGGCCGAGUUUACCAUCUUCAGACGCUUGAAAAUAUAUAUUUAACCAAACUUAAUUCCAAUUAUCCUAGUUCUUAUCUACUGAACUUUAUGAACCAAUUUCUGGGUUCACUUCAACGCGGUGAUGACUAUCAAUUAGCAUACAACCUCUUAUGUACACACGAAAGAUUCACCUUCCUUCAAAAACAAUGGGAACUCUACUAUUCUCGCUCUCGACAGCUGUUUUCCCCGCUCUCCAACCAAAGAAUGGUGGUAUUAUAUUCUAUCAUUAAUAAGGAAACAUCAGUCCCCUGUAUUGGUCCCGAGAGGUGUUUGCUCGAAUUCUAUCGUGAAUCAGAUUGUACUUUGGGACAGUUUAUUGAAAGUACGUGUUUAAACACGAAUGUUAGUUGUGGUGGGGAAUACUGUCCAACGAAAGACAUGAUUUCUCAUUAUAAGAGCUAUGUACACGGAAAUGGAAGGAUAAGUGUGGUUCUAGAAGAUUUUACUUGCCCGAUAUCUGGACUAGAAGAAAAGAUUGUCUUAUGGAAUUAUUGUAGAUCUUGUCAGAGAAAUACUCCAGUAACGGUUAUGUCUGAUGAAACAUGGAGAUAUUCAUUUGGAAAAUAUCUUGAAUUUAUGUUUUAUAAUGACAGUAUUAAAGACAGAUUUGACUUUUGCAGCCAUAGUAUCAUGCAUGACCAUGUGCAUUAUUUUGGCUAUGUUAAUAUGGCUGUGCGAUUUCAAAGAGACCCGAUUGAAAUUUUCGAGCUCUUUGUUCCUCAAGUCAUGCUAUACUAUAAUCCUAUUUACGUUAAAAAUCAAAAAGACUGCGAAUACCUUCGUUUGAAAAAACUUAUUGAACGGUGUUUAUCUUCGGUGACAACCAGAAUUAAUCAGUUGCGUACCGAUUGGGUUACAGAUCCUGUUAAAUUACAAUCUUGUGAAGACGAAAUAGCAAACUACCGUUCAUUGUUAACAAGAGAUAACGAUGAAUUAUAUUCAGAAUUGACUUCAAUAUAUGAGAACACCACAGUCGUUGAUUUUCUUUCUAUGAAUUCCGUUUUAAGAAUUUUGCAAGGAAGAAUGAUCAAAUGGGAGCAAAGGUUUACUGACUACCAACGGCUUUAUUUACCUUCAUAUAAAGAGAUAAGUCGAUUAGCAGCUACUCAGAUUAAAAAGGUUUUUUUAGCUCGUUCAAUAUUGCAACAUCCAUCUGAUCCUUUGGAGAGCUUGGAUACUGCAAGAGACGGAAUUGCUCUACAAGUGGAUAACCCAUCAAUUGAUGACGAAUCGAAAGGAGAAAAGAAAGGAUUUUCCCACACCAGAAGUGAAUCGGCUCUUUCGAUUGACGUAUUCAAAGAUAAUGAAUCUUUGGGAUCCUCGAUGCGUUCGGUUUUUCCUGCUAUGGAGACGGGUACUGAAAGGAAAUGCGGCAGUAUUUCUUCAAAAUCACCAAGCAAACCAGAAAAUGUGGAAAGUCAGAGUAUACCGGUAUCACCGAACGCCUUAAGAAAUAGAACCAGUUACAGAAGCCCUAGUGAACGAUCACUCUCUGAGUUGUUUGAUAAAAAACGGCAGAAUAGUAUUCUUUCCUCGCCAACAUCGAAGGAUCAUCUUUCAGAUGGUCUUAGAAACCCAGUUUCGUCUGCAAUAUCAGCUAGGAUAUCAAGCAUGCAAAAAUCAGCCAAGCCUGUUACUAGGAAGGUCGCUCCAACAAAAGAUGCUCGUGUUAGCUCUUUAGUUAGGCAAUUUGAGGAAUUAAGUCAUCAACUUCAAGAAAAAAGACGUCGAGAUGAUGAAUUGGUUAGGGAGCGUCAUAAGAGGACAAUGCCUGUCGCACCUUCCAAGCCUGUCGUUGAAGUGUUUAGCGAUUUAUCGAAUGCUUUUGAAGACGAAGAGACAUUUGAUAACGAAGUCGAUGAUUUGGAGCAGAAAGAAAUAAAUGAUAUCAGAAAUGUCUCAAACAAUGAAGCUAACACUGGGAAGGAAGAUGCUGACGCAUCCUAUGAUACUUUUGAGGAUAUUUUCGGAGUUUUAUUUAAGAAUGAGCCUGAUUUAGGGGAGCGGCAAACUCCUGAAAGUUUUGAAAAUCGACAAAACGUGUGUAAAGAGGAUUUAAGGUCGGAAUUUACCGGCCCUUACAACGAUAAAACCUCUUUGUACAAAAUCCUUUCGACAUUUUGGUCGGAAUGGAAUUCUUUGAAUCCUUUGCCUUUUGAAUUCCCAGUACAAGCAUUUGAGCAUGUCUUUUCUGACUCGAAUGUGGUAAUAAGGGAGGAUGAACCUAGCUCUUUAAUCAGUUUUACACUUAAUUCUCCUGAUUAUAUAAAAAAAAUGGCCGAAAUUGAAGAAAAUAUGGAUAGUUUUAUGUUAGAAAGUGCAAAUCAACCGACUUUAGAGGACAAAAUUGAAAAUCUGAUGCUAAAACCCACAGGCACUCACCUUAAAUACCAAUUUGAGGAAGGUUCCGCAUAUUUGUCUUGUAAAAUGUUCUUUGCUGAACAGUUUAGUGCUUUGAGACGUGCAUGUGAUGUCGCAGAUAGCUUCGUUUCAUCUCUUUCCAGAUGUUCCGUUUGGGAAUCCAGCGGAGGGAAAUCAGGAUCUGCGUUUCUUAAGACAUUUGACGAAAGAUAUGUUAUGAAGGUAGUUUCGAGGUUGGAAAGCGAUUCACUUUUGAGCUUUGCUCCUGCUUACUUCGAUUAUAUGUCGAAAGUGGUUUUCCAUGAAUUGCCUACAACGCUUACCAAGAUUUUCGGAUUUUAUCAUGUUGAUAUUCGAAAUCCUACCACGGGAAAAGUAUGCAAACUUGAUAUAAUGGUAAUGGAGAAUUUAUUUUAUGACAGAAAACCAUCAAGAAUAUUUGAUCUAAAAGGAUCUAUGCGAAACCGACAUGUACAGUCAACAGGAAAAGACAAUGAAGUUUUACUAGAUGAAAAUUUGGUAGAACUUAUUUAUGAGUCUCCUAUUUUUGUAAGUGAACAGCUGAAAAGUAUGUUACAAUCCUCGUUAUGGAACGACACUUUGUUCUUAUCUAAAUUGAAUAUAAUGGAUUAUUCAUUAGUGGUUGGCAUUGAUUACGAAAAACGCGAGCUAUACGUUGGCAUAAUUGACUUUAUCCGAACUUACACCUGGGAUAAAAAACUAGAAAGCUGGGUGAAGGAGAAAGGACUGGUUGGAAGAGGUCCUGAGCCUACAAUUGUUACACCAAAACAGUAUAAGAUUAGGUUUAGAAAGGCUAUGGAUUGUUAUAUUCUAGCAUCUCAAGAUUUUGAAGUUGAUGGCAAAAAUGAAGAAGAAGACGAGGUCUAA